UCCUCCCAUCAUUUAAACUUUAUUUAAACAGCGCGCUUAGGACGAUUGGAGAGUUAGCCGAUCAAUUUCAGAUGGCGACAUGUUAAAACAAGAUGGCGUCACGUUGAAACAAGCUAGCGUCACGUUGAAACAAGCUAGUCACGUUAAAACAAGCUAGCAUCAUGUUAAAACAAUCUGGCGUCACGUUGAAACAAGCUAGCGUCACGUUGAACCAAGCUAGUCACGUUAAAACAAGCUAGCUUCACCUUGAAACAAGCUAGUCACGUUAAAACAAGCUAGCUUCACCUUGAAACAAGCUAGCGUCACGUUAAAACAAGCUAGUCACGUUAAAACCAGAUGGCGUCAUCUUGAAACAAGCUGGCGUCAUGUUAAAACAAGCUAGCGUCACGUUGAAACAAGGUAGCGUCACGUUGAAACAAGCUAGUGUCACAUUAAAACAAGCUAGCGUCACGUUAAAACAAGCUAGCAUCACGUUGAAACAAGCUGGCGUCAAGUUGAAACAAGCUAGCGUCACGUUAAAACAAGCUAGCGUCACGUUGAAACAAGCUGGCGUCAAGUUGAAACAAGCUAGCGUCACGUUAAAACAAGCUAGCGUCACGUUGAAACAAGCUAGCGUCACGUUGAAACAAGCUGGCGUCACGUUGAAACAAGCUGGCGUCAAGUUGAAACAAGCUAGCGUCACGUUAAAACCAGAUGGCGUCACGUUGAAACAAGCUGGCGUCACGUUAAAACAAGCUAGCGUCACGUUAAAACCAGAUGGCGUCAGGUUAAAACAAGCUAGCGUCACGUUGAAACAAGCUAGCGUCACGUUAAAACCAGAUGGCGUCAGGUUAAAACAAGCUAGCGUCACGUUAAAACCAGAUGGCGUCACGUUGAAACAAGCUGGCGUCACGUUGAAACAAGCUAGCGUCACGUUAAAACCAGAUGGCGUCAGGUUAAAACAAGCUAGCGUCACGUUAAAACCAGAUGGCGUCACGUUGAAACAAGCUGGCGUCACGUUGAAACAAGCUAGCGUCACGUUAAAACCAGAUGGCGUCAGGUUAAAACAAGCUAGCGUCACGUUAAAACCAGAUGGCGUCACGUUGAAACAAGCUGGCGUCACGUUGAAACAAGCUAGCGUCACGUUGAAACAAGCUGGCGUCACGUUGAAACAAGCUGGCGUCAAGUUGAAACAAGCUAGCGUCACGUUAAAACAAGCUAGCGUCACGUUGAAACAAGCUAGCGUCACGUUAAAACCAGAUGGCGUCACGUUGAAACAAGCUAGUGUCACAUUAAAACAAGCUAGCGUCACGUUAAAACAAGCUAGCGUCACGUUGAAACAAGCUGGCGUCAAGUUGAAACAAGCUAGCGUCACGUUAAAACAAGCUAGCGUCACGUUGAAACAAGCUGUCGUCAAGUUGAAACAAGCUAGCGUCACGUUAAAACAAGCUAGCGUCACGUUGAAACAAGCUAGCGUCACGUUGAAACAAGCUGGCGUCACGUUGAAACAAGCUGGCGUCAAGUUGAAACAAGCUAGCGUCACGUUAAAACAAGCUAGCGUCACGUUGAAACAAGCUAGCGUCACGUUGAAACAAGCUGGCGUCACGUUGAAACAAGCUGGCGUCAAGUUGAAACAAGCUAGCGUCACGUUAAAACAAGCUAGCGUCACGUUGAAACAAGCUAGCAUCACGUUAAAACCAGAUGGCGUCACGUUGAAACAAGCUAGCGUCAUGUUAAAACCAGAUGGCGUCAGGUUAAAACAAGCUGGCGUCACGUUAAAACAAGCUAGCGUCACCUUAAAACCAGAUGUUGUCAUGUUAAAACCAGAUGUUGUCACGUUAAAACAAGCUAGCGUCACGUUAAAACCAGAUGGCGUCACGUUAAAACCAGAUGGCGUCACGUUAAAACCAGAUGUUGUCACGUUAAAACCAGAUGGCUUCAUGUUAAAACCAGAUUGUUUUCGUGUUACAACAUAAUUGUGUGUGUGUGUGUGUGUGUGUUUGUGUGUG